AUGGUUAAGGUUUCGCGUUCCCGUCAAUAUAACUCUGCUCAAUAUGAGCAUGGAAAUAUUUUUUCAUUAAUACUUCAUAUAAAUACAUUUUCACGAAUUUUUCAUGAUCAUGUUACACGUGAAAUGGCUAUAUAUGCAUUUAAAUCAAUACGUGAUCUUAUAUUUAUGGGUAUUGAAUUACUUACUGAAAAUACUAUGAUACAAGUUAUAUCAUCAUUAGAACAUAAUCGUAUACCACUACGUGAUAUAGCUGAAGAAUAUUUAAGUGAUAGAAAUCGGAUAUUUAUUGAUUUUGCAUCUAUUGGUGAAAAUACAUAUCAAGUUAAUACAAAUAGUGUGUUAUUUUUAUGGAUCUUUUAUUGUUUUUUACAUGGUCCAAGAGGACUAAAAGUUUUACAGAAAGGUGUUCGAUGUUUAACAAUAGCUCGUACACUUCGGGUAAUAACAUUUUCAAUAACUGUUUUACCAAAUCCUAAUCCAAAAUGUAAUUUUACUGGACCAAUUGAUCCAUUUAAUUUAAGCCCAGGUGGUGCAUGUAAUGAUUUAUUGUAUAGUGGUCAUGUUAUCGUUUAUACAAUAUCAGCAUUAGCUGUGACAAUUCUUUGUGCAUCAUAUCCAUCUCGAAUAUUUCGUUUAUCAAUACGUUUAUUUAUUUGGAUUCAAGUUAUUCAACGAAUUAUUCGAGCUAUUGUUGGAUUACAUCAUUAUUCUGUUGAUAUGUUUCUUGGUUUAUGUGUAACUCUAUUAAUAUGGCAUGCAAAUGUACUUUAUUAUGAUUUACCAUGUUUACCAAAUCCGUUGUAUCCACAUAUGAAACAACUUUUUGCUCCAUUUGAUAAUGACAAUGCUUUUGAUCGAUACGUGGAUCUAUGCAAUUUAAUUUACAAACGUUUUAAACGACAACCAUUAAAAACAUUAACGAGUUUGAUUACAAAUGAGCCUAUUCCAUUAUCACCAAAAGUCCGCAUGAAACAAAUUUGA